AUGGAUGCGACCGAAAAGACCACGGCGACAGCUGAGCACGCCGAUAACACUGUCGCUCACCCAACCGACGUCACCGUCCAGCUCGCCCACGAUGUCGACGACACUAAGUACUCGCCAUGGUCUCCGCGUCUGUUCCGCUUGUAUCUCGUGCUGUCUCUCAGUUAUCUGUGCGGAUGCCUCAACGGCUACGACGGCAGUUUGAUGGGUGGCCUGAACGGGAUGAAAUCCUAUCAGCGCUACUUUAACAUGUCCACCGCCGGCUCGACCACCGGCCUCAUCUUCGCCAUGUACAACAUCGGGUCCGUCGCCGCCGUUUUCUUCACCGGCCCAGUCAACGACUACUUCGGCCGACGCUGGGGCAUGUUUGUCGGCGCCCUAAUCGUCAUCGUUGGUACCUGCGUGCAAGCCCCCAGCACCACACAAGGUCAAUUCCUCGCCGGCCGGUUCGUGCUCGGGUUCGGCGUCAGCUUCUGCUGCGUGUCCGCCCCCUGCUACGUCUCCGAGCUCGCCCACCCACGCUGGCGUGGCACACUCACCGGCCUCUACAACUGUACCUGGUACAUCGGCAGCAUCAUCGCCUCAUGGGUCGUUUACGGCUGUGCAUUCCUCGACUCGCCCGACGCCUGGCGCAUCCCCAUUUGGUGCCAGAUGGUUACUUCCGGCAUCGUCUGCCUCGGCGUCUUCUUCCUCCCGGAAAGCCCGCGCUGGCUGAUGGCGCAGGACCGACACGACGACGCGGCCCGCGUGCUGGCAACGUACCACGGCGAAGGGCGUGCGGACCACCCGAUGGUGCGCUUGCAGAUGCAGGAGAUGAUGUACCAGAUCUCGUCCGAGGCGUCCGACAAGAAGUGGUAUGACUACCACGAACUGUGGCACACACACUCCGCGCGGCGUCGGCUGGUGUGCGUCAUCGGCAUGGCGGUGUUCGGGCAGAUCAGCGGGAACAGCUUGUCGUCGUACUAUAUGGUCAACAUGCUGCGGUCAGCCGGGAUUACCGAGGAGCACCGGGUACUGGCGCUCAACGGGGUCAACCCGGCGCUGUCCUUCCUCGGCGCCAUCCUAGGCGCGCGUAUGACGGAUGUCGUGGGCCGCCGGCCGUUGUUGCUGUACACCAUUGUAUUUGCCUCGAUCUGCUUUGCUGUGAUCACCGGCACUUCGAAGAUGGCCACCGAUGAUCCCACGCAAGUUGCAGCGGCCAACACUACCAUUGCGUUUAUCUUCAUCUUUGGCAUCGUCUUCUCCUUUGGCUGGACGCCGCUUCAGAGCAUGUACAUCGCCGAGACUCUGCCCACUGCUACGCGCGCCAAGGGCACUGCCGUCGGUAACUUGGCAUCGUCCAUCGCCUCUACUAUCCUACAGUACGCUUCUGGUCCGGCGUUUGAACGCAUUGGGUACUAUUUUUACCUGGUGUUUGUGUUCUGGGAUUUGAUCGAGGGAGCGAUCAUGUACUUUUAUUUCCCCGAGACCAAGGACCGGACUCUGGAGGAGCUAGAGGAAGUAUUCUCGGCCCCGAACCCGGUGAAGAAGAGUUUGGAGAAGCGGAGCGCGUUGACGGUGUUGAAUACUGUGGGUGGAGGGAACGACGAGAAACUAGGGGAUGUUUUGCCAUGA